CUAUUAACAGUUACAUCAAAGAAACGCUAGCUGAACUAUGAGAAAAGUGUUAAUUGGGAUAGGAAAAUAAUCGCAAUUUUGCAUGGCUGGCAGCCAAUUGCUUAUUCUAAUGGGUUUCCUGGUAAUAGAUCUUUUGGCAAGUCACAACAAUGCUUGCAGAAGCAACGUGGAGUUUUUGAUAUAAUAAGGGUUUUCCUUAUAGUUGCGAUGAUGCACAAAAACAGAUCGGAGGGUUGUCUGAAUUAUUUUUCUUGACCGGAUUUGAUCUUAUCUUGACCUGAUUCCCGUAUAGCUUACCGAUAGAGACCCGAUAGAGACACAUCUAGAUAAUUAUUAACAUUUUUUUCUUAAUUAGUUUUAACACUCUUAAUCAAAGGAUACAAAUUGUACUUGAUAUUUUUUUGUUUUUAACAUCUUGAAGGAAUCAGGCAGACGUUAUAAACGUAACUUUCGCUAACCUAUCCACUAUCCUGAACCCGAUUAAACCGACACGUGACAUUCCGAUUAAGGAGUGAGAGGUAACCACUGCUUGUGUUUCCUGGUACUUUUUCUUACCGAGUCACUUUAGUUACUACUAAAUAUCGUCAAUGGCGAGUGUUAUGUUACUGGUUCCCCGCUAGAGGACCGUGUCUGCAAGAGAAACCUUGGUCAACGACGGCCUCAGUCUCGCUUGCGCUUUCGUGCAACACGGAAAGUUAUUUGACAAUCGCAGACGGAUUUUACAGGUCAACCACCCUAUAUAACCCGAAAAACUGUCUAAAACCAAAUGCGAUAAAAAAUUGGUCUUUGGUUACUCCAUGUUUAUAACACUCUGAUAUGUCUACCCGUUUUUCCAGUUUUUUGAAUUUUUUAUUUUAGCCAACCUGAUCCCAGACGCGAUAAAUCCGACUACUAGGGCCACAUACCUACCUGAGACACAAGUUUUGAGCAGGUUUUCGUUAAAAAUAAGGAGAGAAAUUUGUCCAUAUUUUCGGAGUGGCAUCACUGUAACUUAACGAUGAUCCCAGCAUCACGUUAUUAACUGUGCUGCGUCAUUCUGUGCCACGCCUCAGUCUUUUUCAUUACAACACAUUCUCUCAUUUCAUUCGAUUUCAAAAGUGAAUUAUGUCUCUUGAAGAACCGAAAAAAAAAAUGGAAAUACAACGCGAAGCAAUCUUAGGGCAAGGAGGAUAUGGAAUCGUCUAUAAGGGUUUUUGGGGUCCGAAUCGCAUAGCAGUGGCCAUCAAGCGACUUCAGCUGGUGCAUCUUGACAGCAGCGAAAAAGAAGAGGAAGCACUUCAAAACUUGAAGCAUCCAAACAUCAUCCAAAUUUAUCACGCCGAAAACGACACAGAUUUCAGAUAUUUUGCGCUUGAACUGUGCGAAGCCUCGAUGGACAAAUUAUUCCUGCAAGACGACGAUUCCAAAAAGUGUCGCAGGCGAAUGCCACCGCGAGAAGACGUUCUUUAUCAAUUGGCCCAGGGAUUAAAAUACAUUCACGAAAUGGGAAUGAUCCACCGUGACAUCAAGCCAGAAAACGUCCUCAUCUGGGUGAAUCCAAAAAAUGAUCAAGUUUCAAUGAAAUGGGCAGACUUUGGACUUAGCAAAAAAGUCAACGAAAGAGGAACUUUUACCAUGAGCGCAAUAAAAGGGACCGAAAAGUGGUUCGCACCUGAAAUACUGAAAAUGAUAGAACAUUCAGAAGGAAGUACAUCGUCUUCACGUCAGCGAGGAACAGUCAAGAGCGAUGUUUAUGCUGAAGGCCUCGUCUUCGGUUAUUUCUAUCUAGACGGUGAACAUAUUUUCGGGAAUAGCCAAACGGACAUAGCUAAUAACAUAAUGAAGAAUAAUCUCGUAAAUAUCAGCAAAAUUCAACCUGCGCACGUUCACGAUCUCAUCGUGAAAAUGUUGGCCAGCGAUCCAGAUAAAAGGAUCACUUCUUCGGAAGUUGUUGUACUUUUGGAAGAAUAUAGAAAUCAGGGGAAGAAAGUUGUGCAACCUGGCAGCAUGUUGGAAAUUGAUCAUGGAAAGAUUUUGGAAAAGUCAGGAUAUGGUAUUAUCUUUGAAGGUGUCUGGGGAACGACUCGCCUUCCAGUGGCAGUCAAGCGGAUGCAAUUAAUCCACGUACUGGGCAAGAAACAAGAAGAAUUCUGGCUUAGUCUUAGUCACGACAAUGUUGUCAAACUGUUUCACGCAGAAAAUGACUCAAAAUUCAGAUAUUAUGCGCUGGAGUUGUGCCAAGCAUCGAUGGAUCAGAUUUUUCUGAAAGAUGGGGAUCCCAAAAAAUACGGCGGACCAAAGCCUCUAGCCGAAGAAGCUCUUUACCAGUUGGCCAAUGGACUGGAGUACGUUCACAAAAUGAAACUCAUCCACUGUGACCUGAAGCCCAAAAACGUUCUACUGCUGACGGGAAAUUCGUCGACUGUUGUUAUGAAAUGGACGAAUUUUAGUUUAAGUAAACAAGUCGACGAAAAUGGAACUUGCCUCAUCAAUGAAAUCAAAGGAGGAUUUGAAUGGCUAGCACCUGAAAUUUUACAAAUGCUCGAAAACGAAGAGAUUAAUCAAUCUGAAAAUCAGGCAACAUUGCUGCGGGAAUGCAACACAUUCAAAAGCGAUGUCUUUGCCGAAGGACUUGUUUUCGGAUAUUUUCUUUUAGAAGGACUUCAUCCGUUUGGUUCAAUCGGCUGGAAAAUUCAAGCUAACAUUAAUAAAUACGAUGCGGUUAACCUGAAAAAAAUCGAACCUUCACCUCUUUCUGAGUUAACUUUGAAAAUGUUGACCCACAAACCGGAAGAUAGAAUGACGUCAUCGGACGUCGUUAAAGAAUUGAACGAUAUCAGGAAACUUCGAUUUAAGGAAAUGGAAAAGACACUAUUUGCAUUGUGCACCAAACCAACUCCAAAUUUAAAGAAAAUGGAAAAUUUAGUGAACCAAGGCAUCAGCGUUAAUUGCCGCAAUCAACAAGGAUUAACUCCACUGCUGCAGUUAUUAGCCAAUGGGGAAGCGUAUCAUCGAGAAAAUUUCGUCGACAUUAUUCGCUAUUUUGUAGCAAAGGAAAUCGACUUGAAUGUUACAAACGCGUACGGAGAAACCGCCCUUCUCAAACUGAUUGUCCAGUAUCCAAAAGACGAUUUGAUCGACAUUGUUAAACUUUUCAUCGACAACGGCAUCGACAUUAAUUGCAAAAACAAAUACGGCACUAACAUCCUGCAUUAUUUGUGCGAGUACUAUUUGCAUGAUAAUUUAAUUGACAUUAUUCGACUUUUGAUUGAACAGAAAGUCGAAAUCAAUUGCAGUCACGAUUACGGAUACAACGCUUUGCCUGUGUUGUGUCGCAAUUACAACAAAGAUAAUCUGUUUGACGUAGCCAAACUUUUGAUUGAAAACGGAAUCGAGGUCCACUGCAACCCAAACAACGACGGUAAUGCCCUCAACAUCGUCUGCCGAUAUUAUAAGAAAGACAACAUGAUUGACAUCAUCCAACUUCUAAGUUCGAAAAAAGGAGGUGAACAUAGUGGCAGCAGUUUACCAAAUGGUUCAUCGACAAAAGCAACUAAAAGAAGACACGAAUGAGCAAGUUUUUCGUUUAACAUUAUAAAGUUAAGUGAAAAAUUAUCUGUUUGAAUGAUUUUCUUUGGUUUGAUUGCUUUGUCUGCAAAACUGCUAUCUGAUAGGGCCAUACAAUAAAAUUAAAUGGAAAUCCAAGUCGUCUUUUGUUUUGUUAAAAGUCGGGCUUAGGAACUCACAAAGUUCAAUCAAUUUAACAACACAAAUUCAGGGACAUAGCCUAGCACCGACGAAAUUGUUGAAGAUUGACAACUCAACGAUAGAGUGACAACGAUAAAGUAGAUUUUAUUUUCAAGUUGAUGGGGGUAAUUUCAAAAAAUUCUUCAUCCAAAUAGCAUCGCCAAUCUUGUCCUGAAGGCAUCAGUUAUCACUAUAUCCCUGCUGUUGAACUACCAUAAAAGUCGAGUCCCUCUCUCUUUCCUCUCUCUCUGUCGGUCGUCUCAUUGCUGGAUGAAAGAACAUACAAGAUGGUAAAUAUUCUCAUCUUUUGAUAUGACGUUAAAGCUAUUAAAUUUAAGAAAGAACUUUGAACAUUUUUUGUGUAGAUAUUUUGUUGUUGCGCGAUGGAC